GGCCGCCGUCAGAGCCGCCAUCUUGUGGGAGCGAAACCAACGCCUGGCUCCGAGCAGCAGUAGCAGCCGCAGCAGCAGCCCGGCCGCCGAGGGGUGUCUCUGGCCAGUGUUGAUUUCACCAGUCUGCAAGUAUGGGGAAUAUUUUUGCUAACCUCUUCAAGGGCCUUUUUGGCAAAAAAGAAAUGCGCAUUCUCAUGGUUGGCCUGGACGCUGCGGGAAAGACUACGAUUCUCUACAAGCUGAAGCUUGGUGAAAUAGUAACCACUAUUCCCACUAUAGGUUUCAACGUGGAAACGGUUGAGUACAAAAACAUCAGCUUCACCGUGUGGGAUGUGGGUGGCCAGGAUAAGAUCCGGCCCCUGUGGCGUCACUACUUCCAGAACACACAAGGUUUGAUCUUUGUGGUUGACAGCAAUGACCGGGAGCGUGUGAACGAGGCCCGUGAAGAGCUCAUGAGGAUGUUGGCAGAAGACGAGCUCAGGGAUGCUGUUUUAUUAGUGUUCGCUAACAAGCAGGACCUUCCCAAUGCCAUGAACGCCGCUGAGAUCACAGAUAAACUGGGGCUACACUCCCUGCGCCACAGAAACUGGUACAUUCAGGCCACCUGCGCCACCAGCGGGGACGGGCUCUAUGAGGGGCUGGACUGGUUGUCCAAUCAGCUGCGGAACCAGAAAUGAGCCGAGACCGGUCCUCCUCCCUCUCUGCCUCCUCUCCCUCCUCCUCCUCUCUCGCCCUCUGCUUUCCUCUCGUGUGGCAAACUGUGCGGCUCUGUGGUGUUGAGUGCCAGAAGCUGUCUCCAGGGGUUGGGUCACAGUGUGUACACACCGUGCUGUAAAUGCGGCAGACACAGCCUGCAAACAGGUUUUUUAUUUAAUGUAAAUAGUUUUUGUUCCAAUGAGGCAGUUUCUGGUACUCCUAUGCAAUAUUACUCAGCUUUUUUUAUUGUAAAAAAGAAAAAUCAACUCACUGUUCAGUACUGAGAAGGGAUUUCCACACACUGAACCUGGGCUCCCCGGGGUUACUGUGUUAUAAGAACCAAGCGCCCUCUCUCGGCCUGAGACCUGUGUUGAGAUCCAUUUGGGUGGUUGGUUUUUAACCCAAACUCAGUGCAUUUUUUAAAGUAGCUAACAAUAAAGGAGAACACUUGAACGCACAGAAGGGAGAAACACACCCAGUGGAGGUUUUACAGGAACAGCCUGAGUACUAGUCCAUCUGACGGUGUUUCCCGUUGGGAACAUGAGCCAAGGCGACAAAAACAAACCCACCAUCAAUUCUGCAUGGUCACAAUAGAGAUCCCUGUAACUACUCUUUGUCUUUUUGGAUCAUCCUGUAUUUCAUAGGGAGUUUGUGCUUGUACUUGUGCUCACACGGUUACCUAGGAAACGAGCUUUGAGGCUGUGCAUGGCCCAGGCUACCAUCUGAGCACCGCAGGCCCUCUGUUGGGCCGCUGGGCCCCUGGUGACGGGAACCCGCGCGGCUGGCCGUGGCGUGGGCAGCGGCCUUUGGGCUCUCAGCGUGGAAGAAAGUAGAGCACCACCCACCGUUCUCUCGGUCAGGUGUGUGGUGCUUUUAUGUGACCACUCAGCAGAGCAGAGAGCCCCGUUCCUCCCAGCGCUUACUCAGACACCUUGGCCAGAGCAGCAGACUCCCGGGACGUAGGGUCUCCCACAGGAGUGCAUGCCAGCUGGGAGCUUUCCACCCAGAGUGCACAGCCUGUCGGAGCACCCCGUCUGUACAUGUGUGAAGUAGCUUCCACUCCCUCAUCCUGCAACGGUCAGAUUUGCCAGCGAGAAAAGACGACGUCUAUACUUUUUUCUUUUGUAUUUUGAUAAACACUUGAAGAAGCUGGAGCUGUUAAACUUUAUCUCGGGGGGAACCCCUCAGAACUGGUUUAUUCGGUGUCGUGGAACCUCUGACUGCUUUCAAUACACAAUUAGUAAUCAACUGUUUUGUAUACUUGUUUUCAGUUUUCAUUUCGACAAACAAGCACUGUAAUUAUAGCUAUUAGAAUAAAAUCUCUUAACUAUUU